UUUUCUGAAAUCAAUUGCAAGCUUUUAGGAAACCAGGAUUUUUCACAUUUUUAAGAAGCGUUAUAAUUAUAUUGCUGAUCUUUAUACGUUCGUGCGAAAUUGAAAAGUACGCAAAUGGCGCAAAAUGCAUAAAAUGCGCUAAAAUAUACGUAUAUAAGAAAAUAAAUCUCGAUUAAAAUUUUAUUUCUUUGAUUAUGUUCGUAAAACUACAAACUUGUAUAAAAAUACGCAUUCUAGUUAUAAGUGUUAAAACAUUCGAUCUAGUCCUUAUCACAUUCAUGAAAACCUCCAUUUAACCAUUCGUUGUAUCAACAAACAUUCAUAUGCAAAACUUACCACCUACCACAUCCUCCGCGUAUUAAUAUAAUCCCCUUUUAUAAAUUAUACACUUUAGAGUGGACUGGUUGGGUCAGAGUGAUAUAAGCUUACAAGUUCUCGAGGAGUUCUACCGAAGUUACAUUUACGUUUGCAUAAUUUCACCGAAAAAGAUACUCUGUAGAAUGACAGGUUCGUUUGUUUAUGUGAUCCGCGAUCGCAACUAUUUCAAGGGGAUUUUAUAAAUAACCAUACACACGAUAUUCAGUGUAUUUUCGUAUUCUCGUUUAUUUUUGGGAGAUUUGUAAAACUGUUGAACAAAAUAAUUGAGUAACGAUUAUAUUUGCUGAGAAAAAGUCUUUUUCUCUGUACCCCUCCUUCUACUUCAAGCAUGUAGUAUUGACAAUAAGAUUGACAAUGGCUGAAAGUAAUCCAAAAGAGUUUUCACCAUGGUUAUCGGAGAAGACGAAUGCCGUGAAGGCGUUAGCGCGCGAACAGUGCGAAGCGGCGGUACAGCUGCAGCGUCAGCAGCAGCUGCAACAGCACCAGAACCAGCACCAGCUACAACAGCAACAACAACUACGUGGCCCGUUAACCAUCCACCAUGCUGGCUGCCCAACGAAAGUCGGGCCCGUGACGAACCAACUAAAUACCAGCCACGCAACGCACGGCCGAGCUGCACAGUACCAACACUAUCAUCACCAUCAUCAUCAUCGACACGUGUCAAUGUCUCCACCGCUCUUGUUGCUCUCAUCGCCAGCUCCGAUCGCGGCGACGCACAAUCAUCUGAACGUGAGCGGACACAGAAACGUGGUUACGCCACCGGAUACACCAGCAGAUAGAUCGCCACCGAGUCCUGGAAAUAAGCUAAAUAGAUCGCAGCAUUUGCCACGGGAAGCAACCGGCAGCGUCAGUCCUGGUCUUCCGGCUGCCACAUUGGAUCUAAGUAGCGCAGCAACCACCAAUAGUCCGCAUGAAUUGUCCACGUUAGUUUAGAAAUUUGGUCCGAACAUUAUAUCUUCACAUAGGAUUGGAGAUUAAUAGUUGAUAGUUAAUUUACACAUCGAUCUUUUUAUUUGUAAAUUGGGUCGUGGUUUAGAGUUGGUUUGUAAAAAUUCGGUCCUAAUUGUUAAAUGAUGAAUAUUGAUUAAGAAUAAUAGGCAUUGAUGUACCA